CACGUGUCGCGAGAUCUCCCUGUAGAAAGUUGAUCGGUGACGUUACGGAGAGGGAGGAAAGAUGGCAGCGCUUGCAGUUGUCGAAACGCCUUCGGGGAAAGAUGUCAUUGCGGAGGGACUUCUUGAGCUACUAAAACCAGCCGUGCAGCAACUGGACUUGCAUGUCCACUCCGUCAGAGAAAGUCAAGUUGAGCUGCGGGAACACAUUGAUAACCUGGCCACAGAGCUGUGCAGAAUCAACGAGCACCAGAAGGUGGCGCUGGACCUGGAGCCCUAUGUGAAAAAGCUGCUUAACGCCAGACGGAGGGUGGUGCUGGUCAAUAACAUACUGCAGAACGCCCAGGAGAGACUGCGACGGCUGAACCAUAACGUUGCCAAGGAGACGGCGCGUAGGAAGACCAUGCUGGAAACUUCUGGAGCUUUCACUCCGCGCUCUCCCAGCAAGCCGUGAUGCAAGCGCCCGGGCACCGCAGCGAUCGGAGCGGGGGCCGCGCCUUUAGCGCGAACACGACGAUGAUGCAACGGACAUGAAAGACCGGAGCUCUCGCUCGCUCUCUCUCUCUUUCUCGCUCUCGCUCUCUCUCUCUCCUAGCGCUCCAGUCUGGUUCCGUCGACAGAGAUGCUGUAACUCUGUACCCCUGCACUGUUAAAGAAGCUGGUGUGCACAGGUACACUAAUAACGCACCCGCAAGGUGCCCUUGAUAGUGCACGGUGAUUAACGUACCGUAGCCAGCUGCAAUCCAUGUGAUGUAACACUGUACAUGCUAGUACCCACACUGCACCUGUUUGUAGUUUUUUUUUUUUUUUCUUUCCUCCCCCACUAUCCCCUAUCCACUCCUAUUAAUUAUGUCUGUUACCUGCAGUAAAAGAGAAAGCUUAAAAACCCUGGCACACAUUAACGAUUGGAUAACAAGUUGGGG